AUGCUUGCCAAAUAUUUAAGAAAAAUAGUCUUGCUCGAUGCCUUCCCAAAAGUGGAUGCUGGGUAUCAGCACAGCAGCACUCAAGGAGGAUGCAUGACUGUCUUUGUUUCUAUUUGUCUAUGGUUUUUGAUAUUGAGCGAGUUCAGAGAGUACUUGACUCUCAAUCAAAAGUACAAGUUUGUGGUUGAUUCAAGUAUCGGACAUCACAUGGACAUUAAUGUUGAUAUAACAGUUGCAAUGCCUUGUUCUUCCAUAUCUAUUGACGAAUUGGAGCUGACAGGUGAACGUACAAAUCUCGAUGAAGUUAUUAGAACAGUACCCGCAAAGUUUGAAGUAAGGUCUGCUCGCAAACUCAGGGAAUUCCUCCUAAGUGAAAUAGAUAUGGACGUAGACAUACGAAAGCUAAUCAAGGAUGCAAGAGCCAAAGGUUGGAACUCGGGAUCAGAAGUGCCGGCCGAUGACACCUUUUCGUCCUGUAGGAUAUAUGGAUCCUUCGCGGUCAACAAAGUAGCAGGAAACUUUCACAUUACUGCCGUUGGACAAGGAUAUAUCCAGCAUCAAGUUAUGGAUAAGUCUGCAAUUAAUUUCACUCACAGAAUAGACGAAUUUUCAUUCGGUACACUUUAUCCGAAAUUAGUCAAUCCAUUGGACGACAGCGUUGAAAUUACUGAUCAACAAUCUGGCUUACUUAUACUUUCUCUUUCGGUGGCGACAGAUUCUACUGUAUUCAAGUAUUUCAUAUCAGUCGUUCCAACAACUUAUGUGGACAACAGCGGUCGUACAUUAUUAACAAAUCAGUACGCAGUGACUGACUACUCAAAAGAUAUUGAAUUUAACAACGAAGGAGUCCCAGGAAUCUUCUUUUCGUAUGAAAUCGAGCCAAUCUCAGUUCACAUAACGGAAAAGCGGUCCUCGUUCGCUGCCUUCUUGGAAGUGGAGGGAGCGAACAGAUUUGUUGACGAUAGAUUUGUUGACGAUAGUAACGAUAACGGGAGUUAUAAAAGACGGUCCUUCCCGCUAAAAAGGAUUAAUAGAGCAAAAGCGGAAUUAACAGGGCUUGAUAAUUUAAAAGUAUAA